CUGCUGCGGGUGCUGGGUAGAGUCCAGGAUGUCGACGACCGCACGCUGCUGUUUCCCUAUGACGAGGGUGCUCUGUUGAGAGAUAUCGUCAAGCAGACCGUGGCCGCCCUGUCCGUGCCGCUGGACGCCGAGGACGCGGACGUGACUCCUGCGGUGGAAGUGCUCAACGGCACCCGCACGAGCGGCCUGGCGGCGCAGGCGGCGACGGUAUUCGAGAGCUUCGGGUACCGAAUCGUGGCCGUGGACAACGCUGCCCACCCGACUAUGAGCGCACGCUGA